AGCCGUACGACCCUUACGUCCCUGGCGGCAACCCCAAUAUGCCCGGCGGCGGCCCCGGCCCCUCGGGCUCCGGCAGCGGCGGCAAGAACAACAAAACGGCGCAGAUCCAGCAGCAGAUCGACGACACGGUCGGCAUCAUGCGCGAGAACAUCACCAAGGUUGCUGAGCGCGGCGAGCGCCUCGACGCGCUGCAGGACAAGACCGACAACCUCGCGCAGAGCGCACAAGGGUUCCGCCGUGGCGCCAAUCGCGUGCGCAAGCAGAUGUGGUGGAAGGACAUGAAGAUGCGCAUCCUCAUCGCCGUCGGCAUCGCCAUCCUCGUCGUCGUCAUCGUCGUCCCGAUCGUCGUCAGGAAAUAGGAAUCGUCGGCGUCCGACAGCGAAACCCCUCUCGGCCCUCAGCGGCCUCCCACCGCAUCCUCCACAUGAGCACCCUCUCGACACUCUCUUCUCCGCUCGCUGCCGCCGCCAUAGCCUACGCCUCGUCGACGGCGCCUCGCCUCGACCCAGGUCACCUCUCCCCCUCCUCCCUCUCUCGCCGCCUCCCUCUCCUGCCGACGCUGCGGCUCGUCCUCGCGCCUCCCCCUCGUUCAUCCCCACCUCGUCGACCGAGUCGGCAGGCAGCUGCAACCUUCCCUCCUCCCGCAGCUGUCCCUCCCUCUCUCCCUCACCCUGACCUCGUUUCGCCCCUCCCCUUUUCUCCCUGCCUCGCCCGGCCCUCGCGCUUCUCGUUCUCUCCCCUCUGUGCCUCGGCGCGGGCGUUGUGCACCUUCCCCUCUUCCUGCGCCUCCUGUACUGCGCACUCAGUCGUCCGUGCGGG